GUGAAGGCCCGGGCCUGGGACUGUCUGUCAGAGCGCGGCCAGGUACGGGCCGAGGGGCCCGCGGGGCCGGCGCCGCCAUGACGGCCGUGUUUGACCUGGACUUGGAGACGGAGGAAGGCAGCGAGGGCGAGGGCGAGCCAGAGUUCAGCCCCGCGGACGCGUGUCCCCUUGCCGAGUCGAGGGCGGCUGGCCUGGAGCCUGUGGGACACUAUGAGGAGGUGGAGCUGACUGAGACCAGUGUGAACCUGGGCCCUGAGCGCAUCGGACCCCAUUGCUUUGAGCUGUUGAGUGUGCUGGGCAAGGGGGGCUAUGGCAAGGUGUUCCAGGUGCGAAAGGUGCAAGGCACCAACUUGGGCAAAAUAUAUGCCAUGAAAGUCCUGAGGAAGGCCAAAAUUGUGCGCAAUGCGAAGGACACGGCACACACGCGGGCUGAGCGGAACAUUCUAGAGUCAGUGAAGCACCCUUUCAUUGUGGAACUGGCCUAUGCUUUCCAGACUGGUGGCAAACUCUACCUCAUCCUCGAGUGCCUCAGUGGUGGCGAGCUCUUCACACAUCUGGAGCGCGAGGGCAUCUUCCUGGAAGACACAGCCUGCUUCUACCUGGCCGAGAUCACACUGGCCCUGGGCCAUCUGCACUCCCAAGGCAUCAUCUACCGGGACCUUAAACCUGAGAACAUCAUGCUCAAUAGCCAGGGCCACAUCAAACUGACGGACUUUGGGCUCUGCAAGGAGUCGAUUCAUGAGGGCGCUGUCACUCACACCUUCUGCGGCACCAUUGAAUACAUGGCCCCCGAGAUUCUGGCGCGCAGUGGCCACAACCGGGCGGUGGACUGGUGGAGCCUGGGGGCCCUGAUGUACGACAUGCUCACUGGAUCGCCACCCUUCACCGCGGAGAACCGGAAGAAAACCAUGGACAAGAUUGUCAAGGGCAAACUGGUGCUGCCCCCCUACCUCACCCCAGAUGCCCGGGACCUUGUCAAAAAGUUUCUGAAGCGGAAUCCCAGCCAACGGAUUGGGGGUGGCCCAGGGGACGCUGCUGAUGUGCAGAGGCACCCCUUCUUCCGGCACAUCAACUGGGAUGACCUCCUGGUUCGCCGUGUGGACCCCCCUUUCAGGCCCUGUCUGCAGUCAGAGGAGGACGUGAGCCAGUUUGACAGCCGCUUCACGCGGCAGACACCAGUGGACAGUCCAGACGACACGGCCCUCAGUGAGAGCGCCAACCAGGCCUUCCUGGGCUUCACGUAUGUGGCACUAUCCGUCCUGGACAGCAUCAAGGAGGGCUUCUCCUUCCAGCCCAAGCGGCGCUCCCCCCGGCGCCUCCACAGCAGCCCCCGCACCCCCAUCAGUCCCCUCAAGUUCUCCCCCUUUGAAGGGUUCCGGCCCAGCCCUGGCCCACCAGAGCCCAUGGAGCCACCUCUCCCUCCACUCCUGAUGCCACCGCCACCAGCACCACCCUCGAGCACUGCCCCUCUUCCCAUCCGUCCCCCCUCAGGGACCAAGAAGUCCAAGAAGGGCCGUGGGCACCCUGGGCGCUAGGAGGAUGGGUAGGGAUGAGGGUAGCUGGACCCUGGGCCAGUUCCAGAGACCUGGGGGUGUGUUUGGGGUAUGGGAGUGUCUUUGUCGAGGGUGGCUGUACCCUGGAAUCAUGAGUGUGGAGAGUUACAGGCUAUGGCUGCUGGUGGAGGGGCCACCACCCACCUGGCCUCCUGCAUCCAGCUGUGCCCGUGGACAUUAAAGGAUUGAAUCAUGACACCAA